AUUUCCAAUCGCCACUGCUGGCCCCUCCUCCUAAGGUCUUUUCCCGAAGCCGAGUCUUCUCCCUCUGGGGAGCCGAGAGCGCCAGCCAUGACCUCGCGGCGCGGAAAGGCGACGGGAGCAGCUUCGGAGGCGGAAGCCGCCGCCCCCAGGGUCUCGGCGCCGCGUGUGAAGGGCGCCCGGACCGAGCCUAGAGAGUCCCCGGCCGCCCCUGAGGCCGCCCGGCCCAGCGCGCGGAGGUGCGGCCCCGCCAGGCCGUCGGGAUCCCGGAGAGAGAAGAGCGGCCCGGACCCCCAGGAGAAGCGGCAGGUACGCGCGCGGGCUGCCCGCGCCGAGGACCAGGCGGAGGGUCCGGCGGCUCGGACCGAAGGGGUGAUGCCUCCCGCGGCCCCGGCGCCGCCCCUUCCCAGGCCUGCAUCUCGCCGCGAGGGCACCGCGCGCUCCGCUCGGGAGCGGAGACCCCAGCCCGGGCCCACGGAGGUCCCCGGCCCGCUGGUCCCAGUCCCCAGUCUCGGGCGCGGGGAGGAGGCGCCCGGCGCCUGGAAGCCCCGAGCGGUACUGGAGAAGUUGAGGCUGAGCCGCCAGGAAAUCUCUGCGGCGGCGGAGGUGGUGAACAGGCUCACGGACCACCUGCUGCGGAGACUGCAGAGCUGUGAGUCCGAGUUCAAAGGCGUUGCGCCGCUGCGCACCGGGAGCUACUACGAGCGCGUGAAGAUUUCUGCUCCUAAUGAAUUUGACGUUAUGUUCAAACUGGAGGUCCCCCGAAUUCAGCUAGAAGAAUAUUACAACAGUGGUGCUUAUUACUUUGUGAAGUUCAAAAGAAAUCCCAAAGGAAAUCCUCUGGGUCAGUUUUUAGAAGGGGAAAUAUUAUCAGCUUCUAAGAUGCUGUCCAAGUUUAGGAAAAUCAUUAAGGAAGAAAUUAAAAAUAUUGAAGACACAGAUGUCAUGGUGGAGAGGAAGAAAAGAGGGAGCCCUGCAGUAACACUUCUGGUUAGAAAACCUGAAGAAAUAUCUGUGGAUAUAAUCCUGGCUUUGGAAUCUAAAAGCAGCUGGCCUGCUAGCACCCAGGGAGGCAUGCCCAUCAGUAACUGGCUUGGAGCAAAAGUUAAGAACAAUUUAAGACGGCAGCCGUUUUACCUCGUACCCAAGCAUGCAAAGGAAGGAAGUGGUUUUCAAGAAGAAACAUGGCGUCUGUCCUUCUCUCACAUUGAAAAGGAAAUUUUGAAAAAUCACGGACAAUCUAAAACAUGCUGUGAAAUUGAUGGAGUGAAAUGUUGCAGGAAAGAGUGUUUAAAACUAAUGAAGUAUCUUUUAGAACAACUGAAAAAAAAGUUUGGAAACCGAAAGGAAUUGGAUAAGUUCUGUUCUUAUCAUGUGAAAACUGCCUUCUUUCACGUCUGUACCCAGGACCCAGAUGACAGUCAGUGGCACUCCAAGGAUUUGGAGCUCUGCUUUGAUAACUGUGUGACAUACUUUCUUCAGUGCCUCAAGACAGAACAACUUGAGCAUUAUUUCAUUCCUGAAUUCAAUUUCUUCUCUCGAGACCGUAUUGACAAGCCAAGUAAAGAAUUUCUGUCAAAGCAAAUUGAAUAUGAAAGAAACAAUGGAUUUCCAGUUUUUAGGGAAUUUUGA